AAUAAAAUAAUAAAAAAUAAAAAAUAAAAAAAUUUCUUAACAUCCUUUAACAAAGAUCUCCAAACCAGAAUCACAUGCAAAUCCAAUUAAAUUCAAGUGCAGUGUCACAAGUAGCAGGUUAAGUAUUCUUAUUUGUGUCUCAAAAAUGACUACACUACUGUGAAAUGUGUGACUUUUUCCGGGAAAGAAAAUUGUAUACACCUAGAAUUUUCACCUUAUGUUUCCUACUUAAAUUUACUUUAAAAAGAUGACACUAAAUCAAUAUACAUUAUUUUCCAAAAGAUGACAAUAUUAUUCAAUAUUAAGCCUGCCUGAUUAAAAAAUAACUUAGGCAUUUAGAAAUAGUUAAACAUUCACAUUCGGAUGAAGAAUUAAACAUUUGGAUCUGCUUAACUGACAAGAGGAAAUUCAAUUUAUUCUGAGUAACUCUUCUUACUUCAAAGGAUAGACAUGAAAAUCCUUUCACAACAAAUCCCUUCCCUGAUACAGUUAAAUGCAAAUUCUCUUUUCCGUCUUACUCCAGAAAGCUCCUGCAUACAUAGGCUGAUACGCCACCUACUGCAAAACCGAGCUGACAGCGCAGGCGAUGCUGCCAGCGUUUCCAUUCCAUCACCAGACUGGGGCUGAAUAAAGGCGUGCUUGUGUGGUAGUGUUUCUUUUUAAAAAAUCUCAAAGCCAAGAAGAACAAGCUGAAAUAGCAUCUUCAAAAAAUGGAGCGUAAAAUAAACAGAAGAGAAAAAGAAAAGGAGUACGAAGGGAAAGACAACAGCCUGGAAGAUACUGAUCAAGGAAAGAACUGCAAAUCCACACUGAUGACCCUCAACGUUGGUGGAUAUCUAUACAUUACUCAAAAACAAACACUGACCAAGUACCCAGACACUUUCCUUGAAGGUAUAGUAAAUGGAAAAAUCCUCUGCCCGUUUGAUGCUGAUGGUCAUUAUUUCAUAGACAGGGAUGGGCUCCUCUUCAGGCAUGUCCUAAACUUCCUACGAAAUGGAGAACUUCUAUUGCCCGAAGGGUUUCGAGAAAAUCAACUUCUUGCACAAGAAGCAGAAUUCUUUCAGCUCAAGGGACUGGCAGAGGAAGUGAAAUCCAGGUGGGAGAAAGAACAGCUAACACCCAGAGAGACUACUUUCUUGGAAAUAACAGAUAACCACGAUCGUUCACAAGGAUUAAGAAUCUUCUGUAAUGCUCCUGAUUUCAUAUCAAAAAUAAAGUCUCGCAUUGUUCUGGUGUCCAAAAGCAGGCUGGAUGGAUUUCCAGAGGAGUUUUCAAUAUCGUCAAAUAUCAUCCAAUUUAAAUACUUCAUAAAGUCUGAAAAUGGCACUCGACUUGUACUAAAGGAAGACAACACCUUUGUCUGUACCUUGGAAACUCUUAAGUUUGAGGCUAUCAUGAUGGCUUUAAAGUGUGGCUUUAGACUGCUGACCAGCCUGGAUUGUUCCAAAGGGUCAAUUGUUCACAGCGAUGCACUUCAUUUUAUCAAGUAAUUACCUGUGUCACGAACAAAGGCAACAAGCAUGCAGCCAGCAAGCUUCGGAAAACCACAGCAUCAAAGGCAUCCCAAAUAACAUUCCCAGCUAGCUCUGUACUACAGAGCCCUGCUACUAAUCAAUUACUGUGAGCUAACGGUAUGUAAAUUCUAUCGCUAAAGAUGUCCUUCCUCUGGGGUGUUCCUGCUGAUCAGACUCUUCCACCUAAAAUGAAAACAGUAACCUUCUAUAUACUGUAAAUAAAGACUGAAAGCUUUUGCUAUUUAUUUGUCCUUAAGCUGUCUUUCAAUCAGAUUGUCUUGGGUAUUUGCACAAAAAACAAAGCAUGUACAUUAUCUAUCGUUCAUUUAAGUAAAUGGUAAUAAAAUAUUUUAAGGGGCUAUUAAUAUUUAAAAUCCUUUUCUACUAUGGCAAAAAUCUACAGAGAAACUGAACUGGCAAAAUUAACCACCUGGAGCAAAACAGAUGUGCAGAUCUAACUAAAACAGAGCUAUAGUGAAACAAAAUGAGAUUGUAAGAAGACAUUAAAGCUAUUGAUUUGAUUUUUCCAUAGCAAGCACCAAAAUCUUAUAUUCACAGUUCCUGUGUUUCAUAUUAGACUUAUAGCUGAAUUGGUAUUUUGCUAAAAAUUCCUAGAAAACUGCUUGAUGACAA